UGCAGCCUCCUCCUCCUCCUCCAUUCCAAGCCGCGGCCGGAGGAGGCAGAAGCGGGACCCCGCGCAGCCCCCUCCCCGUCCCGGCGUGCAGCGCGAGGAGGGCGGGCGCGGGGUGCGCGUUGCGGGCCAAGUCGCUGCCUGCGCCUCCCGGGGCUCCUCCUCCUCCUCCUCCUCCUCCUCUUCUCGCUCCCGGCCGGGCCGUCCGCUUUCGGUGCGCGGCUGCUGCGAGGCGACGAGGGCGCGCGGGAGGCCGUGGGUUUUGCGUUGCGGGGCGAGCGGGAUGGAGCGCGGGGGGCCGGGGCGGGCGCUGCUGGGGCUGGGGCUGGGGCUGGGUCUGCUGGGUCUGCUGGCGGGGCUGUGCGGCGGCGCCAUGGACGAGUGCGCGGACGAGGCGAGCGCGCGGGCGCAGCGCUGCAUGCCCGAGUUCGUCAACGCCGCCUUCAACGCCACGGUGGCGGCCACCGACACGUGCGGCAGCCCGGCCGAGGAGUACUGCGUGCAGACGGGCGUCACCGGGGUCACCAAGUCCUGCCACCUGUGCGACGCGCAGCAGCCUCACCUGAGCCACGGCGCCGCCUUCCUCACCGACUACAACAACCAGGCCGACACCACCUGGUGGCAGAGCCGCACCAUGCUGGCCGGCGUCCAGUACCCCAACACCGUCAACCUCACCCUGCACCUCGGAAAGGCCUUUGAUAUUACAUACGUACGCCUGAAAUUUCACACCAGCCGGCCGGAGAGCUUUGCCAUCUACAAACGCACUCGGGAAGAUGGUCCUUGGGUGCCUUACCAGUACUACAGUGGCUCAUGCGAGAACACCUACCGCAAAUCCAGUCGUGCCUUCAUCAGGACCGGGGAGGAUGAACAGCAGGCCCUUUGCACAGACGAGUUCAGUGACAUCUCUCCGCUCACGGGGGGCAACGUGGCCUUUUCAACGCUGGAGGGCAGGCCCAGCGCUUACAACUUUGACAACAGCCCUGUCUUACAGGAAUGGGUAACUGCUACCGAUAUCAGAGUCAGCCUUAAUCGCCUGAACACCUUUGGAGAUGAAGUUUUUAACGAUCCCAAAGUUCUCAAGUCUUAUUACUAUGCCAUUUCUGACUUUGCAGUGGGUGGCAGGUGUAAAUGCAACGGCCACGCAAGCGAGUGUGUGAAGAAUGAAUAUGGAAAGCUGUCCUGCAAUUGCAAGCACAAUACCUUUGGGGUGGACUGUGAAAAGUGCCUCCCUUUUUACAACGACCGGCCUUGGAGAAGAGCAACGGCAGAGAGUGCCAACGAAUGUUUGCCUUGUAACUGCAAUGGCCGGUCACAGGAGUGCUACUUUGACCCUGAGCUCUACCGCUCCACGGGCCACGGUGGCCACUGCACAAGCUGCUUUGGUAAUACUGACGGACCAAACUGCGAGAGAUGUCGGGAGAAUUUCUACCGCCUUGGGAGUGAGGAAGCGUGCCUGCCGUGUAACUGCAACCCUGUGGGUUCCCUCAGCACUCAGUGUGACAACUAUGGGCGGUGCAGUUGUAAGCCUGGUGUGAUGGGCGACAAAUGUGACAGAUGUCAGCCCGGCUUCCACUCUCUCACAGAGGCCGGUUGCAGGCGGUGUUCUUGCAAUCCUGCUGGCAGUAUGGACGAGUGCAACAUGGACACGGGGCGUUGUACCUGCAGAGACAACGCUGAGGGCUUCAACUGUGAAAGGUGUAAACCUGGCUUUUUUAACCUGGAUCCCGCCAACCCAAGGGGAUGCACUCCCUGCUUUUGUUUUGGGCACUCAUCUGUCUGUACCAAUGCUGUUGGAUACAGCGUCUACCGAAUUACCUCCAGCUUUCAGUAUGGAGAGGAGGACUGGCACGCAGAACAGCGAGAUGGCUCUGAAAUCUCAGUUCAGUGGAUUAGUGAGACUCAAGAAAUAUCUGUGAUCUCAGAAACUCCCUUUCCCAUUUACUUCAUUGCUCCAGGCAAGUUCCUUGGGAAUCAAAUCUUGAGUUACGGCCAAAACGUGACAUUCUCUUUUCGGGUCGAUAGGCGGGACACACGCCUUUCUGCGGAGGACAUAGUGCUUGAAGGUGCUGGCCUGAGAGUCUCCGUACCUCUGAUUGCUCAAGGCAACUCCUAUCCCAGUGAGAGCACCCUGAAGUAUGCCUUCAGACUCCAUGAAGCUGCAGAUUAUCCAUGGAGACCUUCUCUUACCCCGUUUGAGUUCCAGAAGCUGCUGCACAACUUAACUGCAAUCAAGAUCCGUGGGACCUACAGUGAGAGGAGUGCUGGAUAUUUGGAUGAUGUCACUAUUAUGAGCGCACGGCCUGGGUCUGGAACACCAGCAACUUGGGUGGAGAGCUGUACGUGUCCCACAGGAUACCUGGGGCAGUUCUGUGAACGAUGUGCCCAGGGCUACAGGAGGGAGACCCCUAAUCUUGGGCCCUAUAGUCCGUGUGUGCCUUGCUUCUGCAAUGGGCACAGUGAAACGUGCAACCCUGAAUCAGGAGCCUGUGACUGCAGGGACAACACAGCAGGUCCUCACUGUGAGAAGUGCAGCGAUGGCUAUUAUGGAGAUGCAACCACAGGCAGCUCUUCCGACUGCCAGCCCUGUCCAUGUCCAGGGGGAUCAAGCUGCGCCAUAGUGCCCAAAACCAAGGAGGUGGUGUGCACCAGUUGCCCAGCUGGUACUACAGGCAAACGGUGUGAAUUGUGCGAUGAUGGCUAUUUUGGAGAUCCUCUUGGUGAGAAUGGCCCCGCCAGGCUUUGCCGCCUCUGCCAGUGCAGUGACAACAUUGACCCCAAUGCUGUUGGGAAUUGCAACCGCUUGACGGGCGAAUGUCUGAAGUGCAUCUAUAAUACGGCUGGUUUCUACUGUGACCGGUGCAAAGAUGGAUUCUAUGGGAAUCCCUUGGCUCAGAAUACAGAGGACAAGUGCAAAGCUUGCAGCUGUAAUCCUUACGGCACGGUGAACUUACAGACCAACUGCAAUCAAGUAACGGGGCAGUGUGAGUGCCUUCCGCACGUCACAGAAAGGGACUGCAGCUCUUGUCAGCCCGGCUUCUACAACCUGCAGAGCAGACGGGGCUGCGAGAGGUGUAACUGCCAUCCAUUGGGUUCCACUAACGGCCACUGUGAGAUACAGACAGGGCAAUGUGAAUGCCAGCCAGGCAUUACUGGGCAGCGUUGCGAGAGAUGUGAAGCAAACCAUUUUGGAUUUGGUCCUGAAGGCUGCAAACCUUGUGACUGUGACCCUGAAGGUUCUCGAUCUCUUCAGUGCAAAGAGGAUGGCCGCUGUGAGUGCAAAGAAGGUUUUGUUGGGAACCGCUGUGACCAGUGUGAAGAGAACUAUUUCUACAAUCGAUCUUGGCCAGGCUGUCAAGAGUGCCCUGCAUGUUACAGAUUGGUGAAAGAUAAGGUGGCAGAGCAGCGGGAGAGAUUGCAGGAGCUUGAGAAUCUUAUAGCCAACAUAGGAACAGGUGAAGAAACUAUAACUGACCAGGCUUUUGAAGACAGGCUGAAAGAAGCUGAACGAGAUGUCAUGGACUUGCUUCAGGAUGCCCAAAACAGCAAAGAUGUAGACCAGGGCUUGAUGGAUCGCUUGCAGGAGAUCAACAGAACUCUGUCCGGCCAACUUGGUCGGUUGAGGAACAUCCAGAACACAGUGGAAGAGACAGAGAAUCUGGCUGAGCGGGCCCAGGCCCGGGUGGACAGCACCCAGGAACUGAUUGAAACAGCUUCAGAUAUGCUGCAGAGAGCAAAGGUGGCAGUUGCUAAUGUGUCUAUUACUCCACCAGAAUCAACCAGCGACCCCAACAACAUGACUCGCCUGGCAGAAGAAGCCCGCCAGCUGGCUGCCCGGCACAAGCAAGAAGCAGAUGACAUUGUUCGUGUAGCUAAAGAAGCAAAUGAUACGUCGACAGAAGCAUAUAAGCUGCUCUUGGAGACGCUGGCAGGGGAGAAUCAGACCAUGAAUGACAUCGGUGACCUUAAUAGGAAGUAUAACCAGGCAAAAGACAUUUCCCGAGAUCUAGAAAAGCAGGCAAACAAAGUCCAUGCAGAUGCUGAGGAGGCUGGGAAUAAGGCCCUGCAGAUCUAUGCCAACCUCACCAGUCUGCCAUCUAUAGACUCUGAGGAGCUAGAGAACGAGGCGAAUAAGAUCAAGAAGGAAGCCAGAGAACUUGACCAGCUCAUUAACAGGAAGCUGAAGGAUUAUGAGGACCUAAGAGAAGACAUGAAAGGGAAAGAGCUGGAAGUACAGAACCUUUUGGAGAAGGGCAAGACUGAACAGCAGACUGCUGACCAGCUCUUGGCUCGAGCAGAUGCUGCCAAGGCUCUGGCUGAAGAAGCCGCCAAGAAGGGGAGCAACACCCUCCAGGAGGCCAAUGACAUCCUCAGCAACUUGAAAGACUUCGACAAGAGAGUGAAUGAUAACAAGACUGCAGCUCAGGAGGCUCUAAGGAGAAUUCCUGCCAUUACCCAGACCAUCUUGGAGGCCAACAAUAAGACACGGCAAGCGGAAUUGGCACUAGGCAACGCUGCUGCGGAUGCCAGAGAAGCAAAGAACAAAGCUGCUGAUUCUGAGAGAAUUGCUAAUUCUGUGCAGAAGAAUGCUGCUUCAACAAAAGCUGAUGCUGACAAGACCUUCUCCACUGUUGCUGAGCUGGACAAAGAAGUGGGCGACAUGUUGCAGCAGCUGGAUGCAGCAGAGAGAGAGCUAAAGGCGAAACAGGAAAGCGCUGAUCAAGAUAUGAUGAUGGCAGGAAUGGCUUCGGAGGCAGCUCAGGAAGCAGAAGCCAAUGCAAGGAAAGCCAAGACCUCUGUGAGCAGCUUGCUGAGCAUGAUCAAUGACCUCCUGGAGAAGCUGGGGCGUGUGGAACCUGUGGACUUGAGCAAACUGAAUGAGAUUGAGGAUACUUUGAACACUGCCAAAAACCAGAUGAGGGACAACGAUUUGGACCGGAAAGUCUCCGAUCUGGAGAAGGCAGCUGAAAAGCAAGCCAAUGCCAUCAGUGAAUAUGACAGGGACAUUAACACCAUUAGGAAAGACAUUAGCAAUUUAGAGGACAUCAAGAAGACCUUACCAACUGGCUGUUUCAACACCCCGUCCAUUGAAAAACCCUAAGGAUGUGCUAAAGGCAGGGGGGCGUUCCCUCAAUGACUGGUGGAGCAGUUCUUUUGGCUGUGGAGUGCCUUAAUUCCUAGGUUACCUUCUUCAGGACCCCCACCUCAUCUCCCACACAGCUAUCAGUUCUUUCUUUCCCAGUUCAAGGGAGAAAAUUGCAAGUUUCUGAAUGAACGCAAAUUAAAUAUCCAGCCUUUGGGCUUCAGAAGGGUUUAAAGAUAUGAAAUGUAUACACUUCCUUGCUCAAAACACUCCAUUUUCUCCUCUUCUCCCAGAAAAGACUCCCCUUUGAUUUGCAUAAUGAUGUGAAAUAUUAUGGACUGUUGUGCUGAAUUACAGAAAGGGCUAUGAGAACUGAUACAUAGUGGGGGCAGUCACAGGCUUCUCCUUCUUUCAUCCCCCGUCUCUCUCUCCCGUACCCCAUCUCACAAUUUCUCUGUUCUUUUUGUUUCUAUGAAGGAAAAGGUUUGGCUACCAAAGUAUUAAAUUGUAACGGCCAGUAUAGCUACAGUUCAGAAUCAGAAAAGAAGAAAAAGUCAACUUAAUUCAUAUAUUAGUGGCCAAUUAAACUACCACUUUGGUAGCCAGCUGCCAAUUUUAAAGAAACUUUCUAGAGUGCAAUAUGUAUAUGUAUAUCUUGAUUCUGAGAAACAGUUUCUCAGAAAAUGCUUUCGGGGAGUCAUGAGGAAGGAGGGGUGUGUUAGGUCUCCAUGGUGCUAUACCUUGGCCUGCCUUCGACUUCUGAGAACACAGGCAGAAAUUCUUCAAGAUGGAAGAAUCUACUUGUGAUCAGAAUUGUUCCUGUCACCAGCCAGUCACUAGUAAUAUUCAAGAGGUAUCUUCCAGGGACAGAUAAUUUAAUAUCAACAGAUUCUGUCUUUGUCUCUUGGGGGCGGAGGAAGCCCCUGAAUCAGACUCUUUCUUUUCUUCCCUUUUUUGAAAGAAGCAUCCACUAUCCAGAGAGUACUUUUUUUUUUUUGCUAGACUUGCCUGUGAAAUUUGAAGUCAACAUAAUCCUCUCUGGUAGAAACUCAAAUGUUUGCAGAGUUCUCUUUCUGCAGGUUGAAUCAUAUCAUUUUGCCAUGGUAGGUUUACCAUCUUUCUAGGAAAAAUAAUUGGUCAGGCCUAAUUCUAGGGGUAAAUAACUCCAAGAGUUCACAGUAUUUACUAACUGAGCUGGUGGUUGCUUGGUAUGAAUUUCUGCCCCGCUCAGAAUGUCCCCUCUCCCACUUUGAUUAUGCUUCCUUGUGGGAGAAGAUACCUCCUUCCAUGUUGUCUCUCUUCUCCACCCCCCCUCCCUUUUAAUCCUGAACUGGAGGAAAUUAUCAGCCUCUGCAGUUUCCUCAAGAGAGAGGUCUGAUGCUUCCACCCCCUGCCUUUGAGAUCUGCAUAUACCCACCCUCAAACACUAUGCAACUUUGUACGUUUGCGUAGAGGGGAAGAAAUUUAUUAUCUGACACACACACUGGUGCUAUUAAUUAUUUCAAAUUUAUAUUUUUGUGUGAAUGUGGGAUUUUGUGUCUUUUUUAUCAUGAUUAUAGUGUGAGGAAAAGUCUGUUUCUCUCUCUCUCUUGCCCCUCUCCAGCCUUCGCCCCUGUAAAUAUGCUUGGCCUUGCUUCCCGAGUGGCCCUGUUCUCUCACUGCUUCCUCUUCACCGCCACACUGCCCACAUCCUCUCCUCCAGGUUAUUAUUCCUCUGGCAGUGAGGGGCAGGGUGGGCGAGGGUCAGGUAUUUUCUCUGCCCAUCCUCACCUCUGCACUCCGUACUGGUAGUUAAUAGUGUUCCAUAUCUGCAUUGCCAGCUGAGAGGCAAGUUGCCCUCCUAAAGCCACUUGACACCUAAAGGAGUCAGAGGGGUGUAGCUCACGAUGCCUUAGGCCAUUUUGGGCGAUGCUUUGCCCUGAGAGACUCUCUGGGCUGAAAUGGGGAGCACCUCCUCUGCCCCACACCUCCUUCCUCCACUGUGAGCAGAAAUGGGAGAACCGGCAUUCAGGCAGAUCCAGAGUUCUCUCAGCGGACAGGAAGGAGACCCACAGGCCCCCAGGUCUCCUGCUUGGCGGGUGAAGGCAUCACCCAAACUGGCCCUUUGUUUGUGGUCUUGAUAUUAUGAAUGGUUAUAGGCUUCCUGCUGGCUUUGAAGAGGAAAUGUGACUUGGGCCUACUUCUUACUCAGGUGGUUUAACCUAGGUCUGAGCUGGUACCAUUUCUCCAUGCAGCUUUGUUUUUGUUUUUCAAGAGAAAAACCUUUCUCUCAGACAUGGCUAGUUGUCUGCAUGUAGGGAAAUUAAGGAACAUUCAGUCAUGGGAGCCAUUUACUGAAGGGGUGCCAGCCGGCCACAUGCUUUCCACCGCAGUAAGCGCUGGACCAUUGCUGUAGAUUCAGUAGCAGGUCUCUGUGAAUACAGGUAGGCAGGCAAAACCCCUUUGGCCUUGGUUUUUACAGCACCUCCAGGGCCAGAGAGAGAAGUUCCAGCCAGAUCUUAAUUUUAUCCAAGCAACAGUUUACAUAAACGACUUGCAUGCAUACAGGCAAACAGAACCGAAAGCCAUGAAUUGGAAAUGGCUUUUUGCUGUGGCCUCUCGCACUUGACUAGAAGGGGAUGAUUACAGUUCGUAGUGUGCUUCUAGUCCUUUCCUUGCCUUUCUAGUAUUUUCCCCCUUUUCUCUUAAACAGGUUUUAACAGAUUUUUUUUAUUUUUAAAUAAAUAAAUAAAAAGGCCUUUAUAAGAAUUUACGAAUAUUGCGUUAACAGCUAUUAUCACGUUUGUAUAGGUCCAAGUUAUUUCUUUGCAUAACAAAACGAUGCAACAGCUGUUCACGGGAGACGCCUGCUGAAGAGUUCCCUUCAUUUUAUUUUUUAUUCUCAACUGUGAGCACCUCAAAAAGUGCCUUCACUCCAGUUUUAGACUAAAUCUGUGGUCUUGCUGUCUGGGGGCAGUGAACAAAAACAACAAAAAUGCAACACUUGGCAGUUUUAUGUAUAAAACAGUAUUUCUUAUUUAUAAUAAAGACUGAAUAUUUGUAACCCCUCA